UUCUGUCUAUAAACCCUGCAAAUUCUAAAGCUUUCUGCUGCUGCUGCUUCAAAAAUGGUGAAAGUAGUAAAAGCUACUGGAAGCAAUAAUAAUGACAAGAAAAAGAAAAACAAGAAAAAGAUCAAUCCAAACGCCAUAGCUAUGAAAGUCAAAGCUCCAGUUGCAAAAGAUAACCCUUUUGAAACUAUUUGGUCUCGGCGUAAAUUCGAUAUCCUCGGAAAGAAACGAAAGGGAGAAGAACGCCGAAUUGGGCUUGCUCGGUCACUCGCUAUCGAAAAGAGGAAGAAGACAUUGUUGAAAGAUUAUGAGAGAAGUGGGAAAUCGUCGGUUUUUGUGGAUAAGAGAAUUGGAGAGGGAAAUGAGGAGCUUGGUGAGUUUGAUAAGGCCAUUCUCAGAUCACAACGAGAAAUGCGGGGGAGACUUGGCAAGAAAAACAAAUAUAAUCUAUCCGAUGGGGAAGAAGAUGAGUAUGGGAUGCAAGAUGGCGGUUUGUAUCCUGAAAGAGAUGAUUUUGAAGAAGUGGUGCCAUUUGAUGAUGAGGAAGAUGGGGAAGCAACAGAGGCUGAAAAGAAAUCUUUCAUUUUAAAACAGCUUAGUGCCGAGGGUACCCCUGGCUCUCAUGAAAGUGGAGGCGGAGGAGAAGAAAAUAGGCAAAAGACUAGCAAGGAGGUGUAUGGCGAGAUAAUAACCAAGAGCAAAUUUUUUAAGGCAGAGAAAGCAAGAGACAAGGAAGAAAAUGAUCUCUUGAUCAAAAAGUUGGAUGAGCAGUUUACAUCUUUGCAGUCCUCUUUGGCACAACCUAAUCAAAUAAAUGUCGUUAAAGAUUUUGCAAGCAACAGCACAAAAGAAGUUAGUUUCAGUAAAUAUGAACCUGAUCAGGAGAAAGCUGAUACUUAUGAUAAAUUACUGAAUGAAAUGGUGCUGGAUAUUCGUGCUCGUCCAUCAAAUAGGACAAAAACACCCGAAGAACUUGCACAAGAUGAAAAAGAGCAGCUAGAAGAAUUGGAGGAAGAGAGGCAAAAACGGAUGCAUGCUGCUGAUGAUACAAGUGAUGAAGAUAAUGAUGAUGAUGAUCAGGAAAAGACAGCCUCCAAGAAACUUAAAACGUCUAUUUCUGGGGAUGAUCUUGGAGAUUCUUUUGCUGAUGAGGAACCAAAAACCAAAUUGGCUUGGAUCCAACAGAUGUUGAGAAAAGAAAAUGAAGUCGAUGUUUCAAGCGAGGACAGCAGUGAUGAUGACGAUGACGGUGAUGAGGAGGAGGAGGAGGAUGGAGAGGGAGAAGAUGAUGAAGCAGAGAAAGAUGACUUGGCAAGUGAAGUGCCACGAUCUCUCAAAGACUGGGAACAAAGUGAUGAUGAUGAUGAUGAAGAUGAUGACACAGACUUGGAGGAGAAAGCAGGAGAGGAUGAUGAGGUAAAACCAAAGGAUCAUAAAAAGGUUAUACGAACUAAUAAAGAUUCUGAGAAGAAGGAUGCAUCUGUCAAAGUUCCUGAAACUCUACAAGGGGAGCUUCCAUAUACAAUUGAAGCUCCAAAAACCAUGGAUGACUUGUCAUUGCUGUUAGAUAAUCGUUCUGACGAUGAAAUCAUUGAAGCAAUCAGGCGAAUUCGUGCAUUCAAUGCAAUUAAAAUUGCUGCAGAAAAUCGAAAGAAAAUCCAAGUAUUCUAUGGCCUAUUGCUGCAGUAUUUUUCUGUUUCAGCAAACAAAAAGCCAUUGAAUUUUAGGUUGUUAAAUUUACUAGUAAAGCCGCUGAUGGAAAUGAGUAUUGAAAUCCCAUACUUUGCUGCCAUAUGUGCUCGCCAACGAUUGCUUCGAACUCGGACACUAUUUGCAGAGGAUGUCAAGAUUUCAGAGAAAAGCUGUUGGCCUACUAUGAAGACAUUGUUUCUUUUGAGGCUGUGGUCCAUGAUAUUUCCUUGCUCAGAUUUUCGUCAUGCUGUUAUGACCCCUGCAAUAUUAUUGAUGUGUGAGUAUUUGAUGCGCUGUCCAAUUAUAUCUGGCCGUGAUGUGGCGAUUGGCUCCUUCUUGUGCUCCAUGGUUCUUUCUGUCUGCAAGCAGUCAAAAAAGUUCUGCCCGGAGGCAUUAGUGUUUUUACAGACCUUGUUAGUGGCAGCUUUGAAUAAAAAGCCUGAACCAUCUCAUGACUCUGAGUUGUAUAACCUAAUGGAAUUGAGAUCCCUAAAGCCUCUUCUAUGUAUACGUGGGACUGUGGAUGAGAUAAAGCCCCUGGACUUUCUUAUGCUGAUGGACUCGCCAGAUGACUCCCCUUAUUUCACCUCUGAGAAUUUCAAAGCGAGCAUGCUUGCAGUAGUAGUUGAUACUCUACAAGGAUAUGCUAACAUUUAUGAAGAGUUUAAAUCAUUUCCUGAAAUAUUCUUGCCAAGUUCCAAAUUACUAGUGCAACUAGCAGGACAAGAUCACAUGCAUGUUGUUUUACAAGACAAAAUGAAAGCUACUAUUCAGCUGAUAGAGAAGAAAGCUGAUGAGCACCACAUGUUGCGUCGACCAUUGCAAAUGAGGAAGCAAAAACCAGUUCCGAUUAAGUUACUUAAUCCGAAGUUUGAAGAAAACUUUGUGAGUAGUAGAGACUACGAUCCUGAUCGUCAACGAGCCGAGGAGAGAAAGUUACAGAGACUUGUAAAGCGCGAAGCUAAAGGAGCAGCUCGUGAGCUGCGAAAGGAUAACUAUUUCUUAGCGGAAGCAAAGGCUAAAGAUAAGGCACGCUUAGAUAAAGAAAAGGUGGAGGAGUACGGUAGAGUGAGAGCUUUUCUUCAGGAACAAGAGCAUGCGUUCAAAUCUGGACAACUUGGCAAAGGGGGCAAGAAACGGAGGAAGUAGAACAAAUGUUUACAAUUUAGCUGUAUCUUGGGCAAUGUAUUCUAGAAGUUACCUUGAUGGAUUUUGGGAACUCUAGUGCUUAUACACAAACAUAGAUGAAAUUUGGGAUGAAUUUUAGCCGUAUAUCACCAAAAUGAUUAUUUUGACUAUUUGACCCGUUUAGGGAUGUCAUUUUAUAACCAUUAUAAUAACCGAACUUUACACAA